CGACCCAUAAACUAGGCAAAUAUUUUAUCCUAUAUAGCCUAUUUCUUGGCAAUGACCACAUGAAUUAAAGAAAAAAAUUGAACCAAAAUGAGAAAAUUGUGUGAUGUAAUUCUCUUCUCUUGCUUACUUCUCCUAACUUUUGUAGACGUUGAAGCAGAUUGUGAAGGCAGCUUAUUUGCCGUUAACAGCACUUACAGCGAAAACCUUAACUCUCUUUUCUCUUCUCUUGCAAGUAACGUCACCGCUAAUGACGGCUUCUACAACACUUCAACCGGAGAAGGCUCCAACAAAGUUUACGGUCUUGCCCUUUGUGGACGAGGCUACAAGAAGCAAGCUUGUGUGAGCUGCGUGGAGCAAGCGAUUCAAGAAUCGCAACAAAGAUGCCCAAAUCGAAUGAAAUCUUUCAGGUGGACCACUAGAGACAAUGACAAUGUUUCUUGCCUUGUACGGUACGCUAAUCAUUCUGUUUCUGCGAAACUCGAGCUUUUCCCACCUACUUUGUCAGAUAAUCCUUUAAACAUAGAGGAACCUAAGAGCCUUAAGCUUUUUCGACGAGAAUGGGAAGCACUGACUAACCUAACAAUGCAGUCUGCUACUUCAGCUCCUGAAAAUUCAUCAGUUGUGCUCAAGUUCUAUAGCGUCGUAAGAGCAGAGUUCACAGAAUUUGCAAAUGUUUACAUGAUGAUGCAAUGCACUCCUGACAUUUUAUCUAGUGAGUGCAACAAAUGUCUUAGCCAGUGUGUGUUGAACUUUCAAAACAAUAAUUGGGGAAGCCAGGGCGGUGCAGGUCGGCUUCCGAGCUGUUACUUCCGAUGGGAUCUUUAUUUUAUUCCUGGAUCUUCUGAGAAUAUGACAAGAGUUUCUAUGGUUAGUCGUGCUACUACUCUUCCUCAAGGAGACACGGUCUCACAACCUGAGAAUGACAAGAAAGGAAAAAGGAUUGGCAAUGGAACUAUAGCGAUAAUUGUUGUUCCUACGGUUAUUAACGUCUUCGUAUUUGUUGGUCUUUUCAUCAUCUUUGAUCAGAGGAGAAAGGCCUAUAAUAAAAACAUCAACGAAUGCUUUGAUUCUGAUGGACAAUCUAUGUCGCGGUUUGAUCUUGGCAUGAUACUCUCUGCAACCAAUGAAUUUUCACCUGAAAAUAAACUUGGUCAAGGUGGAUUUGGAACUGUCUACAAGGGGAUUUUACCGAACGGACAGGAGAUAGCGGUGAAGAGAUUAGUAAGUGGUUCAGGACAAGGAGAUACAGAGUUUAAGAAUGAGGUCUCGCUCUUGACAAGACUCCAACAUAAGAACUUGGUUAAGCUUCUUGGGUUCUGUCAUGAAGGAGAUGAAGAGAUUCUUGUCUAUGAGCUCGUGCCGAAUUCUAGUCUUGAUCAUUUUAUCUUUGAUAAGGCGAAGCGUUCACUUCUUACAUGGGAGGUGAGGUUCAAGAUUAUAGAAGGCGUUGCUCGAGGUCUACUUUAUCUCCAUGAAGAUUCGCAGUUGAAGAUUAUUCAUAGAGACUUGAAGGCAAGCAACAUCCUUUUAGAUGCAGAGAUGAACCCUAAAGUUGCAGACUUUGGGACUGCGAGGUUGUUCGAAGCUGAUGAGACUCGAGCUGAAACAAGACGAAUAGCUGGAACCCGUGGAUAUAUGGCUCCGGAAUACCUGAAUCAUGGGCAAAUCUCCACUAAAUCCGACGUUUUUAGCUUCGGUGUUAUGCUUCUAGAGAUGAUUAGUGGUGAAAGAAACAAUAGUUUCGAAGGAGAAGGACUUGCAGCUUUUACAUGGAAGAGGUGGGUUGAAGGAAAGCCUGAGACCGUUAUUGAUCCUUUACUGAUGAAAAAUCCGAGAAACGAGAUCAUCAAGUUGAUCCAGAUUGGUUUAUUGUGCGUUCAGGAGAAUGCGGCAAAGAGACCAACUAUGAGUUCUGUAAUAGUUUGGCUUGGCAGUGAGACUAUCAUCAUUCCUUUACCUAGGGCUCCUGCUUUCACUAGGGACCGAUCCCAAUCUGAAAAUAGUAAUAUGUCAACGAAUAAUGACAUCUUCACGGACUUGAGUUGCCGUUGAGUUAUAAAUAAGUUGAUCAUUAGGUGUCUGCAAGUGUGUUACCACAAAGACCCAAUAACCCCAUUUUUGUAAGCUGAUAAUUGUAGCGAUAUACAAAAUGAUUUAUCUCUUAUUACC